GUCGGAACUCAUUCAAGCUGGUCAUUUAGAUUCCAAACUAGAAGAAUUAUGGAAGGAAAUUCAGAGCCAGACAGGUAGCAAAGAACACACCUCGGCGUGUGGCAGGUGCCACCAUGCAUUCACCCACGAGUUGCAACUCCACCAGCCUGGAGUUUCCAUUAGGUGAUCCUCUUCUGUGCUUGAAUCACGAUUUUUCGUCUACAAAAGAUGUUUCAGGAUCUGUCAGAUUAAUGUCAUUUGCCGACUCUUCUGGCUCUGGUAAUGAGAACCCGUUACUUGUUGAUGACCCCACCCAAAAGAAGCUCCUGGCCCAGAGAGGUACACCGCCCCCAUCUCCACUCCUCUCUGAGCUACUGAAGAAAGGCAACAUCUUGGCCACAACAUCCAGAUUGACUGGAGAGCGUGACGUGUCCGCUGGUAAUAUGACUGCAGCACAUGACUUGCAGCUGGCUCUGCCCUUCUCUCCAGCAUCAGGUGCUCCAAUGUUGUCUCGACUCCUGGAGGCGGGUCCCACCCAGUUCUCUGCCCAGUUAGGCUUUAUGGUCAGCACAGACUCCCCCUCCGGCACCACGCCCGCUCCAGUGAAAUCUGCCACCUCAGCAUAUUCAGAGGUGGAUGUGAUUGCACCAUCUGCGUCAUUUGGGUGCCAGCCUCCCCCUGCAGGUGUGAAAGUUUCUGAGCUGAGUGAAGAGGAUGUGACAGUUUCCUACAUGGCAGAUGAACUGGAUCUGAAGACAGUGGGGGACAUCAUUGCCAUCAUAGAGGACAAGGCAGCAGAUGCUUUGGAUGUGGCUGCAGUCGAGGCUGCUCUCUUCCUGUGCGAAGAGAACGGCCACACACUUCCCGGUGCCUGGCAGGCUGAGCCAUUCCACACCCAAGACCCCGCGGGGGUUCCUCAGCCCUCAUCUCUCCGCUGUAGCCCAACAAGGAAUCAGUCCGACGAGUUGGACAUUCAGGGCAAAACCUCAGCGUGCAGUAGUCAAGAUAAGUGUGAUGCGGCAACCACGGUGGGACUGAGUGGCCUUCCACCAAACUCCUCAUGCAACUUCAGGAGUUUUGUGCACUGCCACACUGGAGCACCUGCACAGCCCAAGGCCAUGACAGACACAGGAGCCGUGGGGCACCAUAAAAGCCACAUGUCUUUGGAAGAGAGAUGGGCACAGCAAAGACCUGAAAACUCCAGUGAAGAAUCAGCAUUAGAAGUUUUUCAAAUGACAGAAAGACAUGUGAAGGAGGAGAUAAAGGAGGAGAGUGGACUAAGUGUCGAUCGCAAAAAAAAUGCCUUAGGGACAAGUAUGGACAAUGAGGUCAACGGGCCAGAAGAAGAUGAAGAAGAAGAAGACGAGGAAGAAGAAGAUGGAGAUGGUGCCGAGGGGUUCUCGUCAGAGCCUGAAGGAGAGAUGGAGAUGGAGCGUGCAGCCAGCGAGAGCGAGGAUGCGUGCAGCCUCCGCACUGCUUCGUCAUCCUUUCAGCUCCACACCACGGCCGACUCCAUACCCAGCAGCCCUGCAUCGUCACAGUUCUCUUUGUGCAGUGAGGACCUGGAGGCACUACAGGCUCACAAGAUCUGGAAGAAGGCCAUUAUGUUGGUUUGGCGUGCUGCUGCCAAUCACAGGUAUGCAAAUGUCUUUCUCCAGCCAGUGACAGAUGAAAUUGCACCUGGAUAUCAUAGCAUUGUGCACAGGCCCAUGGACCUGGCCACCAUUAAGAAGAACAUAGAGAGCGGUUUAAUGCGAACCACAGCCGAGUUCCAGCGGGACAUCAUGCUGAUGUUUCAGAACGCCGUCAUGUACAACAGCCUGGAUCACGACGUGUACCACAUGGCCGUGGAGAUGCAGCGUGACGUCCUUGAGCAGAUCCAGCAGUUUCUAGCCACCCAGCUCAUCAUGGAGACGUCCGAGUCUGGUAUCAGCGCCAAGGGCCUGAGGGGCCGCGAGGGUCUACGACGGCAGGACUCCACAGACAAGGACGCGUUCUCCAUGUCCUCUCCUGCUUUUCUACUGUCUCUUUUUGAUGGAGGCACCAGAGGGCGCCGCUGUGCCAUCGAAGCUGACCUCAAGAUGAAAAAGUGAACAAAAACAGGCGAAUAAUUUGAGUCUGACACUGUCAUUAAGUGAAAAGUGUUAAUUCUUCCAAGUUUUAAUUUAUGAAGACACCCGCCUCUCCCCGGCUGCGUCAUGUGUGCAGUGUAAUCCCCAACUCGCUCGCCGUAUUUCAACGAUCUGUAGACUGUGAGUGGGGAAACUCCUAUUUUGCAGAAAUGGAUUACAUGUAAUCCCAGAUUACAAAAGGGGAUUCCGAAAGAGUGGGUCAAAGCUUGUGAUAGCUGCACAUCACUCAUAGCCUGCUCACAGGGAAGAACAUCAGGUUGUAUAAAUGUGUCUCCCAGCCUCAUAAUCAACUAAUCCUACAGGCAGGCUGUGUUUGGUCCACAUGUGUGUGGUGGACUGGCAUAAAUGCACUACUACAAUUUACAAAAAUACGUGUGAAACCAGAGGCCAAAGACUGAUUUGCUUGACUUUUUGGUUGUGUUACCUUAUGAAAAGCAUUAAGGAUAAAAUCUUUUUAUUUUUUCCCCAUUUCAACAAACUUUAAAUGAUUUUAAAUGUAUAUUUUGUGGUUGUUUUGAACAUACCUACCUAUAUUUUAAGUGAAACAGUAUUGUUGUAAUCGCACUGUGUUUUGUGGAUGUGAUAAUAAUGGAAACUAUACUUUUAAACAAUAAACUCAUGUUUGGCUUGUAUACUACUUGUGAA